UGCGGUUUGCCCCAUACCGGCCACCUGACAUCUCCCUGAAGCCCCUCCUCUUUGAGGUGCCCAGCAUCACCAUGGACUCAGUGUUUACCGGUCGUGAUUGGCUGUUCCAGGAGGUCGAUGCCCAUCUCAACAGAGGCAACAACAUCACCAACCUCGGCGUGGUUGUCGUGGGCAACAUCGGCUACGGCAAGACAGCCAUCAUCUCUCGUCUGGUGGCACUGAGCUGCCACGGAAUGCGCAUGAGACAGAUCGCCUCUGACUCUCCGCAGGCCUCUCCCAAACGUAGGCUCAGAUACUCAUUAUUAGAGAGUACCAUUAAAAUGGCCACAAACCAAUAAGUCAGAUUUCAAUAAACAUUUCUGUUUACCAAAACAGAGGCGGAGUGAACGCUUUGUUAUUUUUGGAACGGCAGAUUGGUUUGACAAGCAUGCCAUUGGUAAAACCCUCUUCCUUCUAUGCUUCUCCUCAGAUGGAGAGCUCCCCCUUACCCAGCCCCAGCCGGCCUAUAGCACGGGUACCCUGGGAGGGGGCAGCUGUCCCGGGACCCCUGAGAUGAGACGACGCCAGGAGGAGGCCAUGAGGAGACUGGCAUCUCAGGUUAAAAAAAGAUGACCCUCCAAAAAUGAUUAUACCCUAAUUUCCUAGCUAGCAAACCAGUUCAUCAUACUAAGUGGCACGCUAGUCUGGAUUUUGGAACAGUUUCACAGCACAUUUAAGACAUCAGUACACAAGGCUAGCUCUUUUAAUUGCAGACAUCCAGUUUGGCCUAUAAACAUUCUUUCUAACAACUCUUUCUCUUUCAGUGGAGUAAACUUGUUAACAUUUAUGAACCUGUCUAGUCUGAAGUUAAAUAAGGUAUGAAUGAUGUGUGAGGCGGUGCUUAGUGGCUUCCCUAAAUCCCCACACCACCCACAUCAUCACACCAUAGCCCCAGUCUCCCCUAUCCCCUAAAUGGGGGUGACAGAUGCGCCUCGCCAUCUGUAGCCCCAUUCCAUUCCCAUUCCUCUCCGCAGCCCCAGCCUGCUGCAUUAUGCAGAUGUGUUUAAAAGAGAAAAAACAACUUUGCCAGGGAGCCUUAUGAAAUAUGUAUACCUGCAGAAAGCUAUUUCCCAGCCAAGCUAUUAUAUCUUGUUAACUCGAUGCAUUAAUAAUUGAGCCCGCUCCCACUUUUCUCCCUUUGUUUUAAGCCCUGUUUUAUUCCUCUGUGACUCAAUUAGCAUUUUAUCCUGAUUUGUUUUUUUUAUCCCUGCGGUUUCCUUGAUGAAACAGAAGAACAGAGGCUGGCGCUGGGUUCACGUCAACUGUCAUAGUCCCCGAGCUGGACACACCUAGCUGGUGGCGCAGCUUUCUAAUUGCCUCACCUCUCUCCUCCUCUUUUUCAUUUUAAUUUUCUCUCCUUUCCUCUUUCAUGCCCGUCUGUUCUUUGUGUUAUCUGCUCGUGGCAGUUUGUAAAGCUUUGUGCUCACCGUGCUGAGAAUGUAUUAUUAUAGAGAAACACACUGAGAUUACUCAUCUGUAUUGUGCUGAUAAUCAUUUAGACUUUUGACUCCUCUGGGUGUCCGUCUAAACAUGCAAUUAAACACACACACACUCAUUCACAUUCAUCUUUUCUCAACGGCAGGGAGCUCUGAAUUAUUUAUUAGCUUAAAACCGAAAAGAGAAAUAAGACGUAAUAUGUUCAUUAUACUGCAAUCAUCCACCAUGAACUAGUUGACUCACUCCCAAAUCAAUUGUAGCAGCGCCAGUUUAUAAAACCUGAUUCUCAUUGUCGAAACAUAGAAAACAAGGUUGUGUUCAUUAAGCACAGAUCUGAAGAAUGACCUGGACUUGGUCCAAUAAGAAAUGCAACUUUUAUUUUUUUUAUUUUUUUUAAAAACGUUUUACAGAUCUGAAGAAUGACCUGGACUUGGUCCAAUAAGAAAUGCAACUUUUUAUUUUUUUUAUUUUUUUAAAAACGUUUAGCUACAGUGUGACCUAAUGACCAUAACCCAGUAUUGUAUUUUCGACCCCCUUUUACUGACCUAUCAUGUCUCCCCCCUCUCUAUCGCCCCCAGGUGGUGGCGUACCACUACUGCCAGGCGGACAACGCCUACACGUGCCUGGUGCCGGAGUUUGUCCACAACGUGGCAGCGUUGCUGUGUCGCUCGCCACAGCUCAUCGCCUACAGAGAGCUGCUACUCAGGGAGCCACACCUACAGAGCAUGCUCAGUCUGCGCUCCUGUGUUCAGGAUCCCCUGGCCUCCUUCAGAAGAGGAGUUCUAGAACCCCUGGAUGCCCUCUACAAAGGUGAUACAACUCUCUGCUCCUAUUAUACACCCCUAGAUAACUCUAUCAUAGCGAACUCUACUAGGUGUUCUAGAACCCCUGGAUGCUUUCUACAAAGGUGAGUUCUGGUCUGCAUCGCAAAUGGUACCUUAUUCCCUACAGUGAGGGGAAAAAGUAUUUGAUCCCCUGCUGAUUUUGUAAGUUUGCCCACUGACAAAGAAAUGAUCAGUCUAUAAUUUUAAUGGUAGGUUUAUUUGAACAGUGAGAGACAGAAUAACAACAAAAAAAUCCAGAAAAAGGCAUGUCAAAAAUGUUAUAAAUUGAUUUGAAUUUUAAUGAGGGAAAUAAGUAUUUGACCUCCUCGCAAUCAGAAAGAUUUCUGGCUCCCAGGUGUCUUUUAUACAGGUAACGAUCUGAGAUUAGGAGCACACUCUUAAAGGGAGUGCUCCUAAUCUCAGUUUGUUACCUGUAUAAAUGACACCUGUCCACAGAAGCAAUCAAUCAAUCAGAUUCCAAACUCUCCACCAUGGCCAAGACCAAAGAGCUCUCCAAGGAUGUCAGGGACAAGAUUGUAGACCUACACAAGGCUGGAAUGGGCUACAAGACAAUCGCCAAGCAGCUUGGUGAGAAGGUGACAACAGUUGGUGUGAUUAUUCGCAAAUGGAAGAAACACAAAAUAACUGUCAAUCUCCCUCGGCCUGGGGCUCCAUGCAAGAUCUCACCUCGUGGAGUUGCAAUGAUCAUGAGAACGGUGAGGAAUCAGCCCAGAACUACACGGGAGGAUCUUGUCAAUGAUCUCAAGGCAGCUGGGACCAUAGUCACCAAGAAAACAAUUGGUAACACACUACGCCGUGAAGGACUGAAAUCCUGCAGCGCCCACAAGGUCCCCCUGCUCAAGAAAGCACAUAUACAGGCCCAUCUGAAGUUUGCCAAUGAACAUCUGAAUGAUUCAGAGGAGAACUGGGUGAAAGUGUUGUGGUCAGAUGAGACCAAAAUCGAGCUCUUUGGCAUCAACUCAACUCGCUGUGUUUGGAGGAAUGCUGCCUAUGACCCCAAGAACACCAUCCCCACCGUCAAACAUGGAGGUGGAAACAUUAUGCUUUGGGGUUGUUUUUCUGCUAAGGGGACAGGACAACUUCACCGCAUCAAAGGGACGAUGGACGGCGCCAUGUACCGUCAAAUCUUGAGUGAGAACCUCCUUCCCUCAGCCAGGGCAUUGAAAAUGGGUCGUGGAUGUGUAUUCCAGCAUGACAAUGACCCAAAACACACGGCCAAGGCAACAAAGGAGUGGCUCAAGAAGAAGCACAUUAAGGUCCUGGAGUGGCCUAACCUUAAUCCCAUAGAAAAUCUGUGGAGGGAGCUGAAGGUUAGAGUUGCCAAACGUCAGGCUCGAAACCUUAAUGACUUGGAGAAGAUCUGCAAAGAGGAGUGGGACAAAAUCCCUCCUGAGAUGUGUGCAAACCUGGUGGCCAACUACAAGAAACGUCUGACCUCUGUGAUUGCCAACAAGGGUUUUGCCACCAAGUACUAAGUCAUGUUUUGCAGAGGGGUCAAAUACUUAUUUCCCUCAUUAAAAUGCAAAUUAAUUUAUAAAAAUUUUGACAUGCGUUUUUCUGGAUUUUUUUGUUGUUAUUCUGUCUCUCACUGUUCAAACAAACCUACCAUUAAAAUUAUAGACUGAUCAUGUCUUUGUCAGUGGGCAAACGUACAAAAUCAGCAGGGGAUCAAAUACUUUUUUCCCUCACUGUAUAUAGUGCACUAUUUUUGACCAGAGCCCUAUAGGCCCUGGUUAGAAGAAGUGCACUAUAUAGGGAAUCUCAGGUAAAAGGUAGUGCACUAUAUAAGAAAUAGGCUGACAUUUGGGACACACCCCUAGAACCCCUGGACGCUCUCUACAAAUGUGAUAAAACUCUCUCUACUCCUAGUGACUCUGUCAGUGCUCACAUUGAUUAUACUAUGGGCGUGAUCCUCAAAACAUAUGUAUUCUUGAUUUUAGCAAGAAUACAUUAGGCAGAACAUUUGCAGUCAGGUUUUUUGGUCCAUAUUGACUCUUUUCUCUGUGUGUGUUUUUCAGAGAGGAAGAUCGCCUCUGUAGAUGACCUGGUCAUCCUGAUAGAUGGGCUAAAUGAGGCAGAGUUCCACAAGCCUGACUACGGAGACACCAUUGUCUCCUUCCUCAGCAAAACCAUCAGCAAGUUUCCCCCCUGGCUCAAACUGGUGGUCACUGUUAGGACCACAUUACAGGUAGACACAUUAGACGCAUUACGGUCCUCUACCCCUCCAAUAAGAGUGUGGCCAUUAAAAACAUACAAGAUGAACACUGUUAACACCAAACAAGGAUAAUUGUCUUUUGAUAGAGUUUGUCAAUAGAUUGACAUCAGUGGAAGAUUGCUUCUAUAUCUCGUUACACUGCCUACGCAUCUCUUUCCCUCCCCCACUUUUCUUCUUCCAACCCCCUUCAUCUCCUGCCUCCAUUUAUCCUUUCCUCCCGCUUUCUUCAUCCUCCUCUCUUCUCCUCAUCCUCAUUCCUCCAUCAUUCCCCCCCUCUUCCUCCUUCUCCCCUCAUCCUCCCCUCUCCCCUCCCUUACCUCCCUCCUAUAGGAGAUCACCAAGCUGCUUCCAUUCCACCGUAUCUCUCUGGAUGGUCUGGAGGAGAACGAUGCUAUAGACCAGGACUUACAGGGUUACAUCCUGCACCGCAUCCACAGCAGUCCUGAGAUACAGAACAACAUCUCUCUCAAUGGCAAGAUGGACAACACCACCUUCGGCAAGCUCUCCACCCACCUCAAGGCCCUCAGCCAGGGAUCCUACCUGUACCUCAAACUCACCUUUGACCUUAUAGAGAAGGGGUACCUGGUUCUCAAGAGCUCCAGCUACAAGGUUAGCCUGCCUGGGAGGGGGUUUAAUUUACAGUACAUUGUAUUGCCUUAGUUUUAUUCUUGUCUUUAUUCUUUUAUUUAUUUCUACUUUUAAUUACACUGAACAUAAAUAUAAACGCAACAUGCAACAAUAUCAACGAUUUUACUGAGUUACAGUUCAUAUAAGGAAAUCGGUCAAUAUAACUAAAUUCAUUAGGCCCUAAUCUAUGGAUUUCACAUGAUGCAGCGAUCAGUGGGCCCACACACUUGGGAGCCAGGCCCAGCCAAUCAGAAUGAGUUUUUCCCCACAAAAGGGCUUUAUUAUAGACUGAAGUACUCCUCAGUUUCAUCAGCUGUCCGGGUGGCUGGUCUCAGACGAUCAUGCAGAUGAAGAAGCCGAAUGUGGAGGUCCUGGACUGGCGUGGUUACAUGUGGUCUGCGGUUGUGAGGCCAGUUGGACGUACUGCCAAAUUCUCUAAAACAACUUUGGAGGCGGCUUAUGCACAUUACAUUCUCUGACAACAGCUCUGGUGGACAUUGCUGCAGUCAGCAUGCCAAUUGCACGCUCCCUCAAAACUUGAGACAUCUGUGGCAUUGUGUUGUGUGACAGAACUGCACAUUUUAGAGUGGCCUUUUAUUGUCCCCAGCACAAGGUGCACCUGUGUACUGAUCAUGCUGUUUAAUCAGCUUCUUGAUAUGCCACACCUGUCAGGUGGAUGGAUUAUCUUGGCAAAGGAGAAAUGCUCAAUAACAGGGAUGUAAGCAAAUCUGUGCAGAAAAUAUUAGAGAAAUAAGGUUUUUGUGCGUAUGGAAAAUGUCUGGGAUCUUUUAUUUCAGCUCAUGAAACAUGGGACCAACACUUUAAAACAUUUUUAUUUUUAUACAGCACAUUGUUUUGCACUCCCUAUCUAAUAAAUAUGCUAUAAUAAUGAUUGACUGACCGAUUGAUUGAUAGAUUAACUGAUUGAUUCAUUGAUCCCAGGUGGUGCCCGUCAACCUGGCCGAGGUGUACCUGCUGCAGUGCAACAUGCGUUUCCCUACCCAGUCGUCCUUCGAACGGGCCCUCCCCCUACUCAACGUGGCCGUGGCAUCCCUCCACCCCCUCACUGACGAACAGAUCUACCAGGCUAUCAAUGCCGGCUCCCUGCAGGCAAAUACACAUAUUGCACCGACGUGGAACUGU